GCUCUUCGACUCCCUGGGACACUUCGGCAGAUUUCAAGCAUGUGUUUAUUUUGCAUCUGUCUUUCAAGCUAUGUCAUGUGGUAUCCAUUACUUAGCGUCUGUGUUCAUGGCUGUUACUCCUAACUUUGUAUGUGGGAUCCCUGGAAAUGUGAGUAGUGUUCUUUUCUACAACUCCUCUGAAUCCAGUAUAGAGGACAUCUGGACGCUGUGGACAUCAACAGAAAAUUACAUUGUAGUCCAGCUGGAAAAUGGAGAAAUUUGGGAACUUAACCAAUGCAGCAGGUCCAAACGAGAAGUCAGUUUGGAUCUGGCAUAUGAAUACAAAGGCAACAAGUCCAUAUUUUCUUGUUCUGAUGGAUUUCUCUAUGAUGAUACAAAGUGGAAGAGCACAGUUGUUACGCAGUGGGAUCUGGUCUGUGACCGAGAAUGGCUUGCAAAAUUAAUCCAGCCUACAUUCAUGCUUGGAGUCUUGAUUGGAGCAGUGAUUUUUGGUGACAUUGCUGACAGGCUGGGGAGACAACGUGUUAUAUGGUUCACAAGUGCUGGUCAGUUUGUAUUUGGCGUUGCAGUGGCCUUCACAUUUGACUACUACAGUUUCGUGAUUGUGCGCUUUCUCCUUGCUAUGGUUUCAAGUGGCUACCUGGUUGUGGCUUUUGUUUAUGUGACUGAAUUUGUUGGCAUUAAAGCACGAACCUGGGCUUCUAUGCAUGUCCAUGCUUUUUUUGCUAUGGGAAUUAUGGUUGUGGCACUCGUGGGAUUUUUGGUUCGGACCUGGUGGGUCUAUCAGAUAUUUCUCUCCAUAGCGACUCUUCCCUUUGUCCUGUGCUGCUGGAUGCUCCCAGAAACACCUUUUUGGCUCCUGUCAGAGGAAAGAUACGAAGAUGCACAAAAAGUAAUUAAUAUAAUGGCAAGAUGGAAUAAAGUAAGCACUCCCUGCAAAGUUUCUGAACUGUGCUCAGUCCAACAAGAUGAUCUAGUCAGUGGCAGAACGGGUGACAAUGACACGUCCUCAACGAAGAAGCACAACAUCUUAGACCUGUUUUGUAACUGGCACAUUGCAAGAAGGACCAUCACAGUCUGGCUGAUCUGGUUCACUGGGAGCUUGGGGUACUACGUCUUCUCCCUCAGUUCUGUCAGUCUAGGAGGCAAUGAAUAUUUAAAUCUCUUUCUCAUAGGUGCUGUGGAGUUGCCUUGCUAUGUCAUUGCUUGCAUUGGGAUGGACAAACUGGGAAGGAGAAACACACUCAUUCCGUUCCUUAUUUUAAGUGCACUGAUCUGUGUUUUAAUUAUGUUCAUACCUCAGGAUUUCAAUAUAUUAAUUGUCUUAGCAAAUAUGGCUGGAAAAUUUUCGAUAGGUGUGGCAUUUGGCCUUAUAUAUCUCUACACAGCAGAACUGUACCCAACAAUUGUAAGAUCUCUUGCUGUUGGGAGUGGAAGCAUGAUGUGCCGUGCAGGAAGCGUGGUUGCUCCUUUCUGUGUAUAUCUGAGAAGUGUUUGGAUUUUCAUGCCACUUUUGCUUGUUGGAAUCAUGGCUCUUCUGAGUGGAAUAUUAACAAUAAUGCUUCCAGAAACACUGGGAAAACCAUUGACUAAUACUUUGGCGGAAGCUACAGAAAUGGGAAGAAACAAGAAAAGCUGUUCAGGAAAGACUCCUCCGGCACACAGUGGUGCAGCAUUAGAAAAGAUAGAGAUGUUUUGUCAAGAAACAGUCAGCACUGAGAAAUAAAGCAACAGCAAAAUGGCUGUUCCCAAUUUUAAUCAUUAUCUUAAUUUAUAAGAUAUUUUUAUUCGAGAAAUGUGACUGUUCUAUAAUAUCUGUGCCUUUUAAUUUGUAUCCAGUCUUGCCUUUUCAACAGAGCAAGUAUAUAAAACCUUUUCUACAUGACUGAGGUACUGCAGAAAAUUUUAUAGGAGUUCUAGAUCCCUUGUCAAACUUACACAGGCUUUAGAAAACCUGUCUGACUUUCUGUGACCAGUUGGAAUGAUUACUGUAAAUGUUGGAACCUACCUGAUUACACAUGUGUAAAAAAUAUGCCAAUUCUUUGCUUCACAUUUUCUGCAGUUAGAUUUGUAAACCCACCACAAAGUGCCCUGUCCGCUCUCGUCCUGUUGCAGCUGACGCUUACGGGCCUGAGACUUCAAAACAUGGUAAACUCAAACAGUUAUAAUUCAAGAGAGAAGCCUUAACAUUGCAUCAAUAAUUUCAAAUUCUAACUAAUUUAUUCUUUUUUUUUCAAAUUUUCUACUGGAAAAGGUGCCAUUGCUAACAAAGGAAAAUAGUCUCUGGAACAGCUUCUGACUGAAAAAAUACUACUAAGUUUGCAAAACGUGCAAAUAGUUUGUAUACUAUUCAUUCUGUUGAAUGGCAAAUGUAUUUUUAUUAGUGGUUUAGAAAAAAAGUUCACUGGAUUUACUGCAGUCUUAGGACGUUCUUUUUAGUUUAGGUAAAACUAAAAUGCCUGAUGCCUUCGAAAGUCAUAUUCAUUCCAGACUGUUAUUUCAGUGCUCCCCUUCUCACUUAUUUCAGCUCAGAUCUAGCAUCAGGUUAUUCAUAACUUUCAAGAGCUACACCAGCAACUUUGACAAAUGCCUCCAUCAAGGUCUUCUCAGUCUUCAGUGGAGCAGAAUAAGUGGCAAAUGGGUCUUACUCAGGCUCUCUGCACAGAGGUGGACUUCGUUAUUAAUGAACGUUUAGUAGACAUGGUAUCUACACACCGUUUUUCUCAUAGACCAGCUGUCUGUAGCUCAUUUUUUCCUUAUACCAAACAAAAUCAGUUAGAAAAAUAUAAUUAAAAAAAUGGUAGCUGGAGGACACUGAUCAAUAGAAGAGUGACCAGUUACUCUCGUAGUUUUAGUCGAAGUGUCUGUAAAUGUCCCACUGUUGUCACACCUCAUGUGUACAUCAACACUUACUUGCUGGUGCAGUGAUUGUGCCUUAUGACUGUGGACCACAGAAAACUGAUAGAUAGGAAUGCAUCAUUCUGGCUGCUAUUUUUAUGGCUUUCUGUCCCACCUCCCCUUUUUCAGUUUACCUCCAGACCUGGGGGUUGCUUCCUUGCCUGAGGAUCUGUAUCCUCUUCUCUCGGCCACCCUUCGUUUGAGGGGAGCGACACACAAAGCUUCUCUGUGUCGAGGUUCAGACAGCCCUCUCUUGCCUGGGCUGCGUGAACCCUGUCAUCCCUGGUUUGAAAUCAGAGUUAUUCUCAUCUUAGGCACCUACUCUCAUGCUAGCUGGUACGAGCUCAUCAGAACAAGUUUUCCCUUGUUUACUUCUUUGCCAUGUACCCCAAAAUGAGACAUCUAUAUUACUGUAGAUAAAUAUUCUAUAUACUGCAGAGUUUAAUGGUCACAUUUUUCAAAUAUAUCUGCGCAGCCAUAUUAGUUUCAAUGACUUCUGAAACCAGAAUAAUGGUUUAUAUCCCCUUAUAAAAGAUUUUUUUCUUCACUGCACUGUCCUAGAGUGUCAAGAAGCAUUUUGGUCCUGGUAUUAGGACAUCAUAUCCUAUAUGAGGACUAACAUUUCAAAGCUAAGCAAAAAUCAGUAAGUUUAAGUUCAGGGAGUUUCUGUGUGAUAAUUACAUGGAAAGCAGAAGGGAAUCUUGAUGCUCCCUUCAGUUCUGUGGGUGUUCCAAUAUUUGCAGAGAAAACCUCCGAAGAGAACUGCAUAGAAUACUAUGGCUUCUGUCCAGAUAUAUUAGUUCAGCAAAAGCAUGUGCUUAACCUUACCCACGUGAGUAAUCCCAUCAUUAUUCAGAGAACGACUUGAAUACAUACUUCGAUGACUGAAGAUAGGAUUACUCACAUGCUGUGGCUUUUUAUUUUGCUGAAGAGCAGACCUGGUAUUCUUCCACUGCUUUCAGAUCCUCCUCCACUUCCCAGAGCAGAACAACUCUCCUGCAAGAGUUCUUAUCUGCAAGAUCUGUUGCCUUAAACAGGGGUUUAACCAUGCUAAAAAAGAAAACAUCAUGCAAUAGACCUAACAAGCAAUUAAACCGCUACUGUCUUGACAUUGCAACCACCACCACCUCCCCAGAACUCCAAUUAAUUGCAUUAUUUUGGGGUUCUUCCACACUGAUACUCCCUCUUUUCUUAGUGCAAGGUCCUAUCUUAAACUCCUUAGUCUCGAGUGCUGGGGCCAGUAGAGUCUAUUUCUAACAAGGUACUAAAGAACAAUUAAAAUUAAUUCUUCUACUUCCUUACCUGCCGAAUAACUGAUCUGGGGGUUACCCUGCUAAGAACAGUCAAUGCAUGUUCUGUGUUCCUUUGACUUGAGGGAUUCAGGACCUGGUCAUCUGUAAUUGGUAUACAUAAGGUAAAGCAAAAAAAAAGAAAAAAGCAAAAACUUAAAUGCGCAAUGAUACUGAGCAGUCCUUACAGGCUAAAACUUAAUGAUAAUUCUAAAACACAACGUAGUUUGAUGGCUUUUAAUCCCAAAAGCCAGUUCUUCCUGUCACUGAAGUCAGUAUUUGGUAUUUGGUCUUUGACUCAAAUGAGACCUGAAUUUCCCUGAACUAAUGAUGUUACUUUUUUCCCUGGAAAUAAGAAGUUUAUUGAUCUACAGGUACACCUUUUGUGUUUUUAAGCAUGAAUAGCUUAGAGGAUGCCUUGGGGUAUCCUAUUCUUUAACCUGAGGAAGCAUAUUACUGUAAAAAAGGAAAUAGCACGUGUCUAUAUGUCUCUAGCAUUUUUGUUUGCUUGUUUUCCCCAUAUGGACAAAAAUAUGUUUAACACUAGUCAUACGUUAUAAACGUAGCAUAGACAGGGUGAGUUGAUUUCUUUCUCUUAAGUAUUCAUAGAUUAUCUAAAUCUUUUCGCAAGAGAGCACUGAGUUUGAGAACAAAUGCUUCUGUUCCUGUGGGGCAUAUUUUCCUCUCAUUGCUCAUAAAAAGAAUUCCUUUUCAUAGUUUCUUAUCUGAGUCCUUAAGUUCUUUUAUGUUCAUAUUUGUCAUCUCUAUCUUAGUGCAAAUUUAUUGUGCUGAUCAAUGUCUCUGGAGUUACAUAAUGGGUUUAUGAGAUACUGGAUUAGAAUUCUUAUCUGUCUUAAUUGCUGGUCACUAUUGCACAAUGACAAAUGUUUUUGUCCUAGAUUUGAUAUCAUAUUUUAUUAGACAGUCUUGCAGUUUGUUAAGGAUAUACUUUCUGGGUUAAAUAUGGGAAUGAGAGCAAUUAUUAUUAGUUUAAUGAUAACUGAGAAAAAAUAGUAAGUAAAUGCAUUUGAUAUUUUGAAUCUGUAUUUUAAAACAGAUGUAUUUUCUACUUUAAUAACUCACUUCAAUUUCUUUGUGCAAAUUUCCAUAGUUUAAACAUCUAUGUAGAAAAAAAAGCUAUCUAAACUACGUGUGCUCUGUGUCAAAUGCUUUGGGUGGUACCCUGAAUGUCUCAACAAGGGAGUGAAUCCUGCCUGAAGGCUGAGGGGUUUUGUGGAACAGCUCUGUGGAAACAGAAGAUGGUCUGACAUCCCAGCUCUGGGAUGGAGGAAUCUGACAUUCUCCUGUAUCUUUCACAGCUUAUUUUUACCAAUUCCUUACAUGCAGUCACCUAGGAAGCCUCUGUAGCAUUGGGCUCAGCAACAUGCAAGGCCUGCGAGUGCCUUACAAAAUGCGAGGUCGCUUGCGCCAUGGAGGCAUGAUGCCAGAAAGGCAUUUGUGGCUGCAAAACGGAGGGUCUGGAUUCAUCCUAUAGCCUUGUACAAACAUAUCUUAAAGAUGCUUGUCUGAAUCCCACAACAGAUUGAUAGCGGAGAAAUUGAACUCAAAGAUUAAAAAAAAAGAAAAAAAGAAAAAAAGAAGAGUGUUGACAAAAAAACAAGUUUAUUUUAUCAGGAAAAAUUCUGGUAAAUGCAGUUGAGCAUUAUCUGCAUUGUUACAUCUCUCAUGAAGAAAGGUUAGAGCACAUCUAAGUACUGGUAACCUAAUAAUUUUGUACAAGAUUCUGUACCAGGUGGAGUGUGCAUUUUGGUAACAUGGGGGAAGUAUGUACUCAUGGCAAGGAGUUUGUUUGCCUAGGAUAUGUGGGUUUAGUACAAUAUAUGUUAAUGGGAUUUUUUAUGUGUAUUUAUUAUUUGCAAUUAUGUGCAAGAAUAAAGUCAAACACAUGUUAUU